AUGAAGUUGCAGAAACGAUGCUGGCAUUGUCGACUACUGCUGCUGCCCAUAGCGCUGCUGCUGCUCACUUGCAUCUACACCAGCAUACAAUUCAUCGAGUAUGAGUAUGCAGACCUGCAAGUUGAACGCUACGAACAGGCGCAAGUGCUGCCCGUUGCCGCGGAGAGCGCGCUUAGCGAGUACGCAAUAGCGGUGCGUGAAUUUCUGGCUGCAGCGCCGACGGAGACGCUAAACGCGCCGUGGCAAUUCUAUAAUUACAAUGCGGCACGCAGCGAUGCGAUUGGCGCCUUGCGCGCGUUACCCGAUACACGUGACGCCAGCUGCACGGCGCGCCCUUUCCAUUUGGCCGCGCAACGCGCGCGCGUUUCCAUUAUCAUCGCAUUUCACAAUGAGGCACGUUCGGCGCUCUUGCGUACCGUAAUGACGCUGUAUCACCGCACGCCGCAUCGCUAUCUGCACGAGCUGAUACUGAUCGAUGACUGCAGCGCGGAUGUUGGUUUGCUGCCGGCCAUGCUUAAACUCCAGCUACCGCCAUUCAUGCGUAAUUUUUCAUCUUCGAAGCCACCAACAACAGCCGCAAACUAUGUCAGCUUACAUUCUUCGGCGAACUCGAGCAGCAGCAGCAGCGCGCCUACUUCACAGCCGCAAGUAACAAUUAAAAGCGCGCGUAAUACGCAACGCUUGGGUGUGAUUGCAUCACGUAAUCGCGGCGCUCGCCUUGCCAGCGGCGAUUAUUUACUCUUUCUCGACAGUCACUGUGAGGUUAAUGUGGGCUGGCUGGAGCCGUUGCUGGAGCGCUUAGCCAUAGGCGCGGCAGCCGUCAGCCCUGUGUUGGAUAGCAUUAAUGCGGAGUCAUUGGAGUAUACGGCGAGUUCGAAGAAUCUCAUGGGUGGUUUCGAUUGGAAUUUACAUUUUCAUUGGAUACCGCGACCGCAAUCAACGCAAUCACAGCCACAGCGUCGCGACCAGUACAACCAGCAGCCACAACAACAACGCGCAUUCGUGGAAUCUUUAAACGGGCAAACCGCAUAUUUACAGCAAUUCAGUUGGGCGCACAGCAGAUUUGGCGAGGCGGCGCGCUUGCGACGCGACACAAAUACCGCCGCAACGGCAUUCAAAAGCCCUACUUUUGCUGGCGGCAUAUUCAUGAUCUCUCGGGAAUGGUUUUUUAAAUUAAAUGGCUUCAACCCACUACUGGAGACUUGGGGUGGCGAGUCCAUUGAAUUCUCCAUUAAAUUGUGGCUUUGUGGCGGACAAAUCGAGAUUGUGCCAUGCAGCCGGGUCGGGCAUAUUUUUCGCAAACAGCAUCCAUUUCGUUUUCCCAAUGGCAGCGAUAGCCAGACAACAUAUCUCAGAAAUUCAAAAAUCAUUGCCGAAUCCUGGUUGGACGCCUACAAAUAUUUCUUCUACGCCUCCAAGCCGGCGGCUAAACAUAUACCCCUCAGCAGUAACGACACAGAGCAAAGCCAUCAGUUGAAGCGCGUUCUCAAUUGCCAGCCAUUCUCGUGGUAUUUGCAGAAUGUUUUCCCGCAACUCAAACUGCCCAACGAUGACUUCAUCGCAUUUGGCGCAUUAAGCUCCGGCGAGCUUUGCCUGCACAUCGCCAAUCAUGCCACCAGUCAGCUGCGUAUGACUAGCUGCUUCCAAAAUGACGUUACUCACUGGUAUCUGCACCGGCAAAAUUCUCAAUUGCAAGCCAGUUCCGGUGCGUGUCUCCACGUAGUCACCGAUGCGCCGAGGCGCGCGGCGAAGCUGAGAAACUCGACGCGUUCGACGCAUUUUCGUGUAGUGCUGCAGCCAUGUGUCGGAGAGGAAGUCGGCGAUCGCGGCUACAAUCAGCGUGCGUUUCAAAAGCAGACACCGCAUCAACGUUGGUUGCGUCGCGGCGGUUUGUUGGUGCACCAACAGACGCAGUUAUGUCUCGAUAAUCCGCUAAGCGAUGUAGUGGUCGUCAGUCAUUGCCGCAACGCCGCGCCGUCACAGCUGUUUCGCUUCGCCAUGGAACUGCAACGACUGUAAAGGCGGUGACGGGGUACCGCAGAGGUUCUAAGUUGACUAUUGCAAGCAUACCUGUGUGCUGCUACUUGGACAUGACUCUCCGCCCAGUGGGAGAGUGGGUAUGUUACAAACGAAAUGGUUUGCCGGAUAGAAUUCAAAUAUGACAGCACUGCCAUAACUGUGUGUACGAAAGAGUAACUGCAUUGUAUCUCAGGCUUUUUCCCGCAGUUUUCUUAAUUUAGAACCUUAUGGCUAGAUA